AUGUUCAGCGCUGCUCUUUUCCUCCUGGUGUUCCUGGCAGUGGCCCUGUUCGGCCGGCGGCACACCAGGCUUCUCCGGCCGAAGGGGUGUGGGGACCUGCCUGGCCCUUGGGCCCUGCCCCUCAUUGGAAACCUCUCCCACCUGUUCCACCCCGACCUUCCUAUCCACUUCCUCAAGUUAACCAAACGGUAUGGACCCAUCUACCGCCUUCGCUUCGGCAACAAAGAUGUGGUUGUGCUGAACAGUUCAGAACUAAUCCGGGAGGCGCUGAUGAGGAAAUGGACCGACUUUGCAGGGCGUCCUUACAGUUUUAUUGCAAAUCUUAUUUCAUUUGGAGGCAGGGACCUGUCCUUGGGCGACUACACACCGGCCUGGCGGUUACAAAGGAAACUGACUCACAUGGCCUUUCAGCGCUGCCUGCGAGGAGACAUGGAGCAGACUGUUAGCAGCCAAGCUCAGCUUCUCUGCCAGGUUUUCCGUGGUUAUGGGGGGCAAUCCGUGGAUGUGGCCCAUGAUUUUUCCUUGCACACCUGCUGGGUCAUCUCUACCGUGAUGUUUGGACCUUUGGACGAAUCUGUCGUUAAAGAAAUUCAUGACUAUACCAUUGAGCUGGUAGACAAAUGGGGUGCCAUUUCCGUACAGGUUCUCGAUUUUCUGCCCAUCCUUCGGGUCUUCCCCAACACUGCUUUACGGAAAUUGCUUUCCUGUGUUGCCAAGCGCGAUGUCUUCGUCCAGGACCUCAUGAAGAAACACGAGGAGUCCGGGCAUCUCACGGAAACACGGUUCAUGGUGGACCACAUGAUGCAGUUCCUGUCUGAGCAUGCUGCAGACAAGCGGAAAGAUCUGGGCUUCUUUCCAGAGCAUGUCCACAUGGCCAUCGUGGACAUGUUUAUCGGAGGAACAGAGACCACUGCUGCUUUGCUCACAUGGGUCGUGGCAUUCCUAUACACCGUCCCGAGGUAGGCCCGGCACCUUAUUCAGGAACAAAUCCACCAUGAGAUAAUGACUGUCAUAGGUCUCGAUCGUGACCCUACCUACAGUGACCGGGAGCAUUUGCCCUACCUGAGUGCCGCCAUCACAGAGUCCUUGCGCCUGCGUCCUUCGGCACCUCUCGCUCUGCCCCAUGCGGCCACUCGAGAUACCAGCCUUUCUGGCUUCCACAUCCCAAAGGGCACGACCAUCAUCCCCAAUCUCUAUGGGGCCCACCACGAUGAAAGCAAAUGGGAUCGCCCUCAGGAGUUCAGACCAGAGAGGUUCCUGGAGAGCAGUGCCUUUUCUCAUGAGGCCCAGCGCCAUCUGGUUCCCUUCAGCUGUGGGGCGCGGGGCUGCCUGGGAGAAGCCUUGGCUCGCAUGGAGUUGUUCCUCUUCCUCGCGCACAUCUUGAGGGAUUUCAAGAUGUCGCCCCCGCGGAGUGGAUGCCUCCCCGACCUCAGGGGACAGUCUGGAGCCAUCGUGCACUGCAAGCCGUUCAGGGUCCGACUGGUGCCCAGAGGGGCUCGCCCUGCAGUGUGA